AUGGUCAAUCUAUAUCAGCGAAGAGUGGCCCGUGCUGAUAUGUGUCCCAGAUGCAAAGUUUAUUCUGAGAAUUUGUGGCAUGUUUUUGUUGGAUGUUCUGUGGCAACAGAGUUAUGGAAUGGAUUAGAUCUUGCAUGGAUAAAUCAAAGAAAACCCAAAGAAUGGCUUGAUUGGCUUACAUGGUUCUUUCAUAAAUGCGGAGAAACUCAGCGUCGGUUAUUUGUCUGUGGAAUAUGGGUCUUAUGGCGUGACAGAAACAGAAACCUGCAUGAGGGGAAGUCAUAUACAUGGAAAGAUAUAGCAAAAUAUGACAUUGAAAAUUGGAAAGCCUCAGAGAAUCCAAUAAUUAAAAUCAAUUUUGAUGCCUUGUUCGAUAGCACAACUUACAGAUCGGUAUCGGGGAUAGUGGCGAGAUCUGGAAAUGGGGAGGUUGAAAUUUCUAAAUCUCACAUGCACCUAGCGGUAGAUACGGCUUUUGACGUAGAGGCAAUUGCCUACUAUGACGCUGUCCUUACUGGCUUAGAAAUGGGCUACACAAAGGUUGUUAUUAAGGGCGACUCCAAGUCCAUCAUAACCAAAUGCAUGGUGCAAUCAGUGGACAAAUCGCAAGUUAGUGCACAUAUUCGAAAUAUUCAAAGAGAAAAAAGCAAAUUUCAGAUCAUUACUUUCCGUUAUGCUCCCAGAUCGGCUAAUUGCUUAGCCCACAUCAUUGCGACAACAAGCUUGAAGGAAAUGAAGAUGAUUUACCUUCAUGGAGAGGUCCCUGGAUACGCCAACCGUCAAUGGCUACUGGAGCAUCCACGAGAAUCGAACUGA